UGCUUGGCACUCUGAUGGGGUGCUAGAUCCUGGGCGAGAGGGAACAUAGGACUCAGAGGUGGACUGACUGCUCGAGGGGAGUCGGGCAGGGCUCUCCCCUAGGUCUGAACUGGACUCAUUACUGAGAAGGGUACCAGGGUGUCUCUCUCACAUUGGGACCCCUGGAUCUGGUUGUCCCAGGAUUGGCGCCCUUAGUUUGGUUCAGCAAACAUCUCUCCCCAACUGACACCUGCUUCUGGCCAGACCUCCUGCUGAGUGCUGAACUUGCUCCCAGGACCACCAGCUGCUGGCAAGAGAUGAAGGAUGGCAUCUAAGGGGUCCGGCGUGUCUUUCCCCCGCAAGAGUUACAGGCUAACAUCCGAGGCUGAGAAAUCCAGGGCCACAGGCAUUGUGCCCGAGAAACUGCUGAAUGAUUACCUGCACCGAGUCUUCUCUUCCCCUGACCAGGCCCCUGCCACAGCCACUAGCAGGAAACCCCUGACCUUCCAGAAUCUGCCAGGGCAUCUAGACCAGCUCUUACAAGUGGACAGUGAAGAUGAGGAGAACCAGGGACAAGUUGAAGGGCGCCUUGGCCCCUCCACUGUGGUACUAGACCAUACCAGUGGCUUCGAGGGGCUGCUUUUGGUGGACGAUGACCUCCUGGGGGUGAUCGGACAUAGCAACUUCGGGACGAUCCGCUCCACCACGUGUGUGUACAAAGGAAAAUGGGUCUACGAGGUGCUCAUCUCCUCCCAAGGCCUCAUGCAGAUCGGCUGGUGCACCAUUAACUGCCGUUUCAAUCAGGAGGAAGGGGUUGGCGACACUCACAACUCCUAUGCCUACGACGGCAAUCGGGUGCGCAAGUGGAACGUGACCACGACAAAUUACGGCAAGGCGUGGGCGGCAGGGGACAUCGUGAGCUGCCUGAUCGACCUGGAUGAGGGUACUCUGUCCUUCUGCCUGAACGGCAUAUCACUGGGCACUGCAUUUGAGAACUUGUCUAGGGGCCUAGGGAUGGCCUACUUCCCCGCCAUCAGCCUUUCCUUCAAGGAAUCUGUGGCCUUCAACUUUGGCAGCCGCCCCCUGCGCUACCCAGUGCCAGGCUACCGGCCACUUCAGGACCCCCCUCAGGCUGACUUGAUUCGGGCACAGAAACUACUGGGUUGCUUCCGGACAGUGCUGAGCUUGGAGCUGGACCCUGUGGAGGGCCGGCUGGUGGAGAAGGAGAGCUCCGAGUGGCAGAUGCAGGGCCAGCCCACCGUCCUGCUCACCCUGGCCCACAUCUUCCACCACUUCGCCCCUCUCCUGCGCAAGGUCUACCUGGUGGAGGCUGUGCUCAUGAGCUUCCUGCUGGGCAUCAUGGAGACAGGCAGCCCUGCCCGGGGAGAGUCCCUGGUGCGCCAGGUCCUGGACCUCCUGUGGCUCUUCAUGGAGGACUACGAGGUCCACGACUGUCUCAAGCAAUUGCUGAUGUCCCUGCUCCGGCUGUACCGCUUCUCGCCCAUCGUCCCAGACCUGAGCCUGCAGAUCCACUACCUUCGGCUCACCAUCGCCAUCCUGAGGCACGAGAAGUCCCGCAAGUUCCUGCUCAGCAAUGUCCUCUUCGACGUCCUUCGCUCCGUGGUCUUCUUUUACAUCAAGAGCCCCCUGCGGGUGGAGGAAGCAGGCCUGCAGGAGCUGAUCCCUACCACCUGGUGGCCCCACCGCUCCAGCAAGGAGGGUCGAGAAAGUAAGGAGGUGCACGAAACAGCUGAGGAGCGGCUGAGGAGACGCGCCUAUGAGCGGGGCUGCCAGAGGCUCAAGAAGCGUAUUGAAGUGGUGGAAGAGUUGCAAGUUCAGAUCUUGAAGCUGCUAUUGGACAAUAAGGAUAGCAAUGGGGGUGAGGCAUCUAGGUACAUCUUUCUGACCAAGUUUCGGAAGUUUCUGCAGGAGAAUGCCAGCAGCCGGGGGAACAUGCCCAUGCUCUGUCCUCCGGAGUACAUGGUCUGCUUCUUGCACCGGCUCAUCUCGGCCCUGCGGUACUACUGGGACGAGUACAAGGCUUCAAACCCCAGCGCCUCCCUCAGUGAGGAGGCUUACAUCCCACCCCAGAUCUUUUAUAACGGCAAGGUGGACUAUUUUGACCUGCAGAGACUUGGAGGCCUCCUCUCCCACCUGCGGAAGACCCUGAAAGAUGACCUUGCUUCCAAAGCCAACAUUCUGAUAGAUCCACUGGAGCUUCAGGCGGCCACCAUGGACGACUUGGACGAAGACGAGGAGCCAGCCCCAGCUGCGGCCCAGCGCCCCAUGCAAGCCCUGGCCAUAGGGGGCGCCCUGCCCCUGCCCCGGCCUGGCUGGCUCAGCUCUCCGACCCUGGGCCGAGCCAACCGGUUCCUCAGCACAGCAGCCGUGAGCCUGAUGACUCCUCGUAGACCUCUGAGCACCUCGGAGAAAGUGAAGGUCCGCACACUGAGUGCAGAGCAGAGGACGAGAGAGGACAUUGAGGGCAGUCACUGGAAUGAGGGUCUGCUAUUGGGGCGACCCCCCGAAGAGCCAGAGCAACCCCUCACUGAGAACUCGCUGCUGGAAAUACUGGACGGCGCCCUCAUGAUGUACAACCUCAGCGUCCACCAGCAGCUUGGCAAGAUGGUGGGUGUAUCCGAUGAUGUCAACGAGUAUGCAGCAGCUCUGAGGGACACCGAGGACAAGAUCCGCCGGUGCCCCAAGCGGAGGAAGGACAUUCUUGCGGAGCUGACCAAGAGUCAGAAGGUUUUCUCAGAGAAACUGGACCAUCUGAGCCGCCGUCUCGCGUGGGUCCAUGCCACGGUCUAUUCUCAGGAGAAGAUGCUAGAUAUCUACUGGCUGCUGCGUGUCUGCUUGCGGACCAUCGAGCACGGCGACCGCACCGGCUCUCUCUUCGCCUUCAUGCCCGAGUUCUACCUGAGUGUGGCCAUCAACAGCUACAGCGCUCUCAAGAACUAUUUUGGCCCUGUGCACAGUAUGGAGGAGCUCCCAGGCUAUGAGGAGACCCUGACUCGCCUGGCUGCCAUCCUCGCCAAGCAUUUUGCUGACACCCGCAUUGUAGGCACUGACAUUCGGGACUCCCUGAUGCAGGCCUUGGCCAGCUACGUGUGCUACCCGCACUCCCUGCGGGCUGUGGAGCGGAUUCCUGAAGAGCAGCGCAUUGCAAUGGUCAAGAGCCUCCUGGCUCCCUACGAGCAGCGGCCCUGGGCCCAGACCAACUGGAUCUUGGUGCGGCUCUGGCGGGGCUGCGGGUUUGGGUAUCGCUAUACCCGGCUGCCACACCUGCUGAAAACCAAGCCUGAGGAUGCCAACUUGCCGAGCCUACAGAAGCCCUGCCCCUCCACCCUGCUCCAGCAGCACAUGGCGGACCUGCUGCGGCAAGGCCCCGACGUGGCCCCCAGCUUCCUCAACAGCGUCCUCAACCAGCUCAACUGGGCCUUCUCCGAGUUCAUUGGCAUGAUCCAGGAGAUCCAGCAAGCUGCCGAGCGCCUGGAGCGGAACUUCGUGGACAGCCGGCAGCUCAAGGUCUGUGCCACCUGCUUUGACCUCUCGGUCAGCCUGCUGCGGGUCCUGGAGAUGACCAUCACGCUGGUGCCCGAGAUAUUCCUGGAUGCUGCCCAGCCCACUUCUGAGAUGCUGCUGCAGCGGCUUGCACAGCUGCUGAACCAGGUGCUGAACCGGGUGACAGCGGAGAGGAACCUGUUCGAUCGCGUCGUCACCCUGCGGUUGCCUGGCCUGGAGAGUGUGGACCACUACCCUAUCCUAGUGGCGGUGACAGGCAUCUUGGUGCGGCUGCUGGUACACGGCCCAGCAUCAGGGAGAGAACGAGCCACAUCGGUGCUUCUGGCUGAUCCCUGCUUCCAGCUCCGCUCUAUAUGUUACCUCCUGGGGCAGCCAGAGCCCCCCGCUCCCGGCACUGCCCUGCCUGCCCCUGACCGGAAGCGCUUCUCCCUGCAGAGCUACACAGAUUACAUCAGUGUUGAGGAGUUGGUGCAAGUGGAACAGAUCCUGACACACUUGACCUCUGCAUCUGCCCAGGCAGCAGCUGCUUCCCUGCCCACCAGUGAGGAAGACCUCUGUCCCAUCUGUUACGCGCACCCUAUUUCCGCUGUGUUCCAACCCUGUGGCCACAAGUCCUGCAAAGCCUGCAUCAACCAGCACCUGAUGAACAAUAAGGACUGCUUCUUCUGCAAAGCCACCAUCGUGUCUGUAGACGACUGGGAGAAAGCCACCAACGCAAGUGCCACUUCCUCAGCCACCUAGGCCUUCCACACAGCAGGAACUGCACCCCUGAACCCAGACUAGGUCCUAUUUAUGAGUCCCCCAUUCUCCUGUGUGUGACCCCCAUCACCAGCCACAUGCAACCUCCUUGCCUGUGUAACCUCAUUGGCAGGAGCCCAGCCAUGCCCCACUUGCACCUGAGCUUGACUCUAAGUCAGGGCCACAGUGAACAUUAAAUUAUUAUUCCAUACA